UACGUAACUAAAUAGCCAAUCAACCCAACUAAUGGACAAAUUAUCAAGGACAAUCGACAGAUUCCAGGCCAAGAUCGAGUCUGGUUCAUACUAUGAAGCCCACCAGACACUUCGUACUAUAGCUAACCGGUUCAUCAAAGGUGACCAACCUAUAUUAGCCAUACAACUACUUUAUCAGGGUGCGUCGAUUUUGACGACCCACAAAGAAUAUGCCUCUGCCUCCGAUUUAAUCAGCUAUAUAGUUCAAGUAUACUCUGAUUUCGGAUUCAGUGUGGAUGAAAAAAGUGCCAAGAUGAAAUUGAUUGAUUUGAUUUCAGGAUUGCCUCCUUCAGAACCAAGUCUUGUUGAAUUGAGUACCCAAUGUUUGAAAUGGUCUCAAUCCAGCGGGGAGGUUCCACACAAGUUUGGUGAUUCUCAAUUACAUCAUGUGUUUGGAUCAAUGUUUCUUAAACGUGUGGAGGAAGAAGAAGAGGAGGUUGAGGAAAAUAGAAGUAAGUAUUUCGCCCUUGCUGAAAUUCAUUUGGUGUUGGGUACCGUGGAUAGUGUUCCUUUAUAUACCAAUUACUUGAGUCAAUGCAGUAAGGCUAAUCCUGAUGUUGAUCCAGGGGUAUUUUUAUCCAGGGCUAUUAUCAAUUAUUUGUAUUUGAAUAAUGUCAAGUUUGCUCAAGAUGCACAUGAUUUGUUUAUGAAGAAUGUGGAAGGUGGUGUUCCUUCCAAUGGAAUUGUUUACUUUGAUGAAUACCCUCUUCUCAAUUUUGUUCAAUUGUUAUUGGUUUUAUUCAAGAAGGAACAUGCAAGUAACCUGUCUCAAUUUAUGGGAUUGUACACUCACUACAAACCUUUAUUGACCAAUUAUGGAAUAUUAUCAGCACUUGAAUAUUUAGGAAGUACAUAUUUCCAAUUGAGAUUGGGACAAAAACCACAAGGUAACAUGUUGUCAAGCUUAAUGGGCGAUUUAUUCAAGUAGUCUUCUAUUAGAUAGGUAUAUAUAUAUAUAUAUGAAAACAUUAAUAGCUAUCAUCUAUACCCUCAGUAGCAUCCUUUACAAUUGACGACAGAUUCAAUGCAGUAACCAAUUCGGGUCGUUUAGCCUUGAGUAACUCAUGUUUAGCUUCGGAAUAAGUACACCACCGUCGUUGUCUAGUCUUCAGUUCGGGCCAUUCUUGAUCCAUUUUAUCCACUACCAAUUCAAAAAAGUGGAAUUCACUUUUGGGUACAGCCACCUUGGGAUCGAAAUCUCCCUUGAUUACAGGAGCGGCUUUACGUGAAUCAAGAAUUACUGGAAGUUCAGAAACGACAACUCCUUCCACACCGGCCUCUUCCCAUGUUUCACGCAUUGCGGUGUCGACUAAUGUUUCAUCAUUUUCAUGUCCUCCCUUAGGAAGCACCCAUUUUCCAGCAUGGGCAGAAGACAGGAUCAUGAUCACUUUGGUACGUUCUGGGUUAAGACAUAUGCAUCCGGCCACUAUCCUCGCUCCGGUAUCGGGAUUGUAGCAUUGAUUACUACGGCCAGUUCUUGACUCCAUCGGAAGCGUUUUUCCUGAACGACGAACACUUGAAGGAAGUGAUUCACUGGAUUCACUUGAUGAUUGCAUUGACUGUUGCUUGAGAAGAACAGUAGGUAAUUAUUUAGCAAUCUGGAAUUUUGAAAAUACUCUCUCUUCUCAGUGACGACAAUGGUGGGACCAUUGUGCAGGACCAACCUAUACAGGCAAUUUCCUAAGGUUUUUACAUUUACCAAAAUACACCUGAUGUACCUCGGUUAAGUGUACAAGAUUGUAACUUACAUUUUACUGGGUUUUGGUUUCUAAUUUGAUGUAUGUUUGAGCAGUGCGUUUAACAUUACUAGUAUGUUCAUAGUUAAGACCAUAGUUCGCAAAAAAAAAUAACAUUCAAACCUUAGAUCUUUAUUGUCGACUUACUACAAUUCAUAACCCCAUGAAACUUUCGCUAUUUCUUCCGUUUUUAGUCCUAGUCAAUGCCCAUGGAGACCACUCUGGUCAUGGUUCUGAUAAACCAGCAGUCAAACCACCACAAUUAACAUGGGCACAAUGGCACAUGGCGCAAGAACAUAAUCUCGACGACUAUGACGCAGCCACAUUCUUCACCUUGCACGACUUGUCAGGAAGCCGAGCUUGGUCGAGAGCUGACAUACUUAAUAUUUACGGAUUGAUUAAUCCUCGUGUGGGAGAUGGGUCAGGAAUGGGGAGCCAUGGAAACAACGAGGAAAUCUCCAAACAAGCCAAGGAUAAAGUUGUCAAUACGAUCCUUGGUUUAAUUGAUUCGAAUAAAGAUGGACAAAUCAGUUGGGAUGAAUGGAUCCAAUUCUCUGCUAAAGGAGGCGAAUUGCCUGAUUUAGGAUAUGGACCGGGGCAUCAUUUAGAUUUCGAGAGCGAGUAUGAGGAACAUCAUUGGAAAAAGUAUCACAUGAACGAUGAUCCUGACGUGUUGAUCAAGCACAAGGAAGAUAUCGAACAUGAAUUAUUACAUCAUGAACACGAAAUUGAAGAGACUCAUCAUAAAGCUCCGCAAAUUAGACAAGUUACGAAAAACUUCUUAUCCAAGAUCAACUUACACAACCUUACACCCAGGUAUACCAAAAAGUGAUUUAUAUUAGUUUAUAUAAUCUGUAUAAUACAAACAUUCAUUGCAACGUCCCGAAUGCACAUUUCCUUAAACUCUGAAGCUCACUAGUACAUGCCUUGGUAUUGCUGUUAUUAAUCCGUAAGCAUGCUUCAUAAACUUGUAGCUUCCCGGCGCAUUCCCCCUGGAUCUUAUGAAACGAAGGAACGGCUGUCCGGAUGCAUUUAGCCAACUGUUGUUGCUGUUGGGCACAUUGGUUUGGAUCAGGUUCGGGAAGAGUCAUGCAUUGGUGGAAUGCAAGGAACUGGUGAGGACAAUGUCGAGCUAUGUCUUCAAGCAAGAUCUGAUCAAGUAGUCCCCCUUUCUCAGAUACCAUGGUGUGGCUAAC